AAUUCACUUAAUGCUCACAGGAUCUGCAUUUGAGUCUGCAGUGCUUCAGAACAUGACGGAGGCUGAGCUGUACUCGCUGUAUAAAGGUGUGUAUGUGCCGAUGCAUUUACAUCCUCCUGAAAGCCUGAGAUACUGCGAGGAGUUCACUUUCCAUCCGGAGGACAUCCUGAUCGCCACUUACCCCAAAUCUGGCACAACAUGGAUGCAGGAGGUGGUUCCUCUGAUCUUGAGUGAAGGUGAUCUGACUCCGGUGCUGACGGUGCCAAACUGGGACCGAGUGCCAUGGCUGGAGGAACACCGGGCGAUCCUGCUGAAUCUGGAGCAGAGAGCUUCUCCACGCGUCUUUGCAACUCACUUCCAUCACCACAUGAUGAACCAGUCUUACUUCAAAAUAAAGCCCAGGGUUCUUUAUGUCCUGCGUAACCCCAAAGAUGUGUUCACGUCCUCGUAUCACUUCUAUGGAAUGGCCUCAUACCUGGUGAAUCCGGGAACCCAAGACGAGUUCAUGGAGAAGUUCCUUGAUGGAAACGUCAUGUUCGGUUCCUGGUUUGAUCAUGUCAAAGGCUGGAUUCAUGCUGAAGAACAGGAAUCCAUACUGUACAUUUUCUAUGAGGAGAUGAUCGCUGAUUUGAAAGGAUCCGUGGAGAAAAUGGCCAAGUUUCUUGGUAAAUCUCUGAGUCCAGACAUGAUGGAGAAUAUCACCAAGCACUGCGUCUUCAAGAGCAUGAAACAAAACAAAAUGUCCAACCUUUCUCUGGUCCCAGAGGAAUACAUGGACCAGAAGAAAUCUGAAUUCCUGAGGAAAGGAAUUGCUGGCGACUGGAAGAAUCUGUUCACUGAAGCCCAAGAGCAGCGAUUUGAUGCUGUAUACAACGAGAAAAUGAGAGAUGUGACAUUCAAAUUCAUGUGGGACUGAAAAAAAUAUAUUUAAUAUUGCUUUUAAUAAACCUUUGGUGCACAUUCACUACAACAGAAAGAUAUUCAACAGACCUUUUUUAAUAAAA